CAAUUAACUCGGUCUAAGCCGAUGUUGAUUUUUUAACUUGGUUUAGUCUUAGUUUUACACUCGCAACGAACGAGCAACCACGACGCAGGGUUAACAGAGAAAACAAAAAUAAAAACAAACUCACACGGCUUAUUUUUAAUACUUCAGGUGCGGUUAAAGUUGUUAAAGUUUUGUAUCUGACGGAUCUAUGUGAAAAUUCCAGUCAAUCUAAUCGAUGACGUAAACCUGUUUCAAAAUAAAAAUACUCCUAAUUUCAUAAAUAAAUAUUAGUUUUUAAAUAUAUGAAAAAAAAUCAACAACAAAUUUGUGUUAAUCAUUUCCUGUAAGAGUAUCUCCAUCUGUCCAAAAGAGUUACUUCGUGCAAAAGUAUCUUAUGUCCACGAUUAUACUUCCUCAAAAAUAAAAAUACACAAAAUGAAAUGAAAAGUUAUAUCGGUUAACAAAGCUGAGAAAAUUGCCGCUGUUUCAUAUAUGUAGCUAUACGAAAAGAAGAAAAGUGGAUGUUAAGAAAAUACAAGAGUAAAAUAAAAUUUCAUCUCGAAAAAAAAGAGUUAUUGAGAAAAGUAUCUGUAUCUGUGCUAUUAUAUCAUCUCGUAUCAAUUCAUAAAAAAAUAUAAAUAAAAUAAUACAAAAAAAAGUAGAUUGCAAUCUUUUGGCUGAGAGGAGUGUGUGUGCUGUGUGGAGUGUGGAAUAGAUUGCGCGCCCUCUAUAUUGCUGUAUAUGGUGGAUUGGAUGGAGUAAGCCGUACUUAUUCGAUUACAAUAGGCAGCUCGAGAGUCUUAUGACGGUGGGCGGUGUUGCAAGUUUCGGACCUUGAAGGACAAAUAUUUGAGAAUUUAACUCGCUUCGCAGUCAAAAUAUUUUCAUAAAAAUCCAUAAAAAUGGAUGCUAAAUGCCCGGAAAUAAUCGCUGAAAAUACAAUAUCCUCUUAAGGAUAUCCAAGUGGAAAGAAAACUACUUCCCUAGACCUACCACAGAAGAGAAGGACAUUUUUUCCUGUGCAGCUAUACGUAUAGAUAUAUCUUACAUCUUUUGUCGUUGUUUUGUGUCCUUCAAAGAAUGUGGAUAUUUUCUUGACUGAAAUUAAAAUUCACAAAAAGUCCUUGAAUGUACACAAUUAAAGGACUUUAAGGUUGACAAGAGCAAAAAACUAAACAUUAAACGAAAACGACGACGGCAACGACGAGUCACCAAAAAGCCAAGAGAAAAGGGGAAACAAACAAAGAAUUCCUUUUCUUUCUUCCUUAUAGUCAAAUAUUCAUUAGCAUUGUUAGCGCAAGCGGAAUUCACUCAAAGCCAACAUGCACGAGCGCCGAGUAAAAAAGUUAAAAAGUGGACAUUAUGUAGCUACACAUGGCCGGCAAACACCUGACCCACCAUACGUGCACUCCCAUUCAAAUCGAGGCUAUUCCACCGAUGGCGAGGAAUCACAUCGUGCCCCAUCGGAACGCACCAUGUCCGAGUAUACGAUGGCGAAUGAGCGCACCUCUCCAGGACAUUAUAAUUCAGCUCGUAAGACAAGAAUGAAUGGAGUCCACACAACGGAUAGCGGGAUUGGGGGUGGCAUGGGUGGAAGUUCGGUGAGCAAUGGCGGACCAAGGUCGUUGGGCCCUAGCGUUAUAAACGGCCCACCAACACGAAUACCUCCGAGAGCGCCAUCUGCACUCAGCUAUGACCAUGGAGGCGACGCUGGAAGUGAUAUAUAUGUCACGAGUGCCGCUUACAAAGCACCAUCGGAAAUAAGUCGCUACAGUCAUCGUCCUCAUUCGCGAGGUGGACCACGCAGUGUUUACUCCGUGGCAAGUACAGCGAAAACAGGCCGUAGUGGGAGAUCAACGAAACACAGAGGUGCCAAAAUCGAAGCAAUGUCAGCCCCAAAUCCAUUCUGUCCGAAUGUCAAGGGUGUAUGCUGUCUCAUGCUUUUGCUUAAUUUAGGUCUAAUUCUAGUGACACUUGGCUUUGUGAUUGUCAUUCAAUUCUUUGAGCCGUUAUUUGUUUGGGUUUUGGGAAUAAUAUUCCUGAUCUUUGGUUUUCUCACUCUUAUCGGAAGCAUGGUAUACUGUGUAUACGUGUGUCGUGAUGCAAAAACCCCAUCUCAAGUUCGAAACGAGGAUCUCUACUGGACACAUCAUUGGCAGAAGAAUAUCGGCUAUACCACUCAGGAAAUCAACUACAAAGCAGACAAAUACGAUGGAUAUUCUGACCGUUAUUCUGUUAGUAAAAUGAGUGGCAAAUAUUCGGAUAGGGAAAGUAAUCGUUACUAAGAGCGCGAAUUUUACGUGGGACAGGAAAACACAUAAAACAAUCCUCGUAUACGAAUUCGAAUUCUAAAUACCUUAUCCAAAAUGCCAUAGCCGUGAACAUGGUCGUUAUUUCUAUAAUUGAAAUCAAAAACAUCCGAACACAUACAUUAUAUACAUAUGUAAAUAUAUGUAUGGCCCUCAUGAGUGAAUAUUAUAAACAGUAUAUAAAUUUAAAUAGAAAAUCCUUAUUCCGAAAGGAUUCAAGUCAUUUUCGAUAUUUUAUAAAUUAAUUAAAUCGAUUUAUUUUACUAAGUUUAAAUCUAAUGAACAAAAAAAAACAAUGAGACAUUAUAUCUUCUAACAAUAAUUAUUAUGUGUAUGUAUAAUGUAUGUUGCAAAAAAUAAAAUAAAUUUAUUUUUGUAUAACAUAAUUAUUGUAAAUUU